AAGUUGUUGUCCAGACACCACCUGGCGGUACCUCUAGCACUCCACAGAACAGGAUUCCCCAGAGCGCGGAAUCUAAGCCCCAGUCUGCUGUUCACCAGGGCCCCUGAUGGUGGGAGAUGGACUUGGAGCAGACUGAGACCAGGUUGUGGCCCCUGAGUACACCCACCUGUGGUAGAGGGAUCCGCCAGAAGUGUGUACAGGUGGAGAGCCUGACGUGAAGAGGCGGUGGAUCCGUGCAGGAUGGAUGGACGGAUGACAGUGCAAGUAUAGCGUAAUCAGACAGGCCAGGUCGGUAACAGCGGAGGCAGAACGGUACAGAGCACCAGACAGAGAGUAGUCGGGUCACAAGCCAAGUUCAGCAACAGGAGGUCAAGUAAUCAGGUAGGCA